CUCUCUCUUCUCUCUCUUUCUCUUUUUCUCUCUUUCUCCCUCCCCCCUUUUUCUCUUCCUUUCUCUUUCCCUCUCACUUUCUCUCUCUUUUAUGGAGACAACAAUAUAAUUCUGCCAGAUUUUUUUUUAAGGCACAGCGAAAGAGAAAGAAAGGGGGAAAAAUAAAUUAAAAAAAAAAAAAAAAAGGAGGAGGGUGAAAGAAAGAAGAGAUCCUGAUGGAAAUCAGGGCACCCUGACCAGCUCCUGCUUGGGGAGUGAGGAAGGCGAGGCGGAAACGAGAUUUCCCUACAAAUUUUUGCUGCUGAAGGUUGCUCAGGAGCCUUCCUCGGCCGGCGAGGGGGGGUGGGUUUGUUUGCUUCUUUCUGCUUUCCCUCCUUCCCCAGCCUCUGCUCUGCAGCCUGAACGUACGGAGGAAAGGUGGAGGGGUGGGGGGGAGGGCGAAGAGAGCCAGCCACCCAAAAAGAAAACCCAGCUUCGAGCCGUCACCGUCCGCCACGGAAGAAGAGAAGGGGGAUUGGGACUAAGAGAAAAAAAGAAGGAAAAAAAAAAAAGGAUUUCGGCUCGUCCAGCUCUUCUGCGGCAACAGGAGCAGACAGCGAACUCGGUGGAUUUUUUUUCUUCUCUUCUUCGGCGUUUCUUUUCCAGCACAAGGACUUCCACUCAGGAAAAAAACGCAAACAACUAAAAAGCAAAACAAAGCCUCAGAGACCGAACACGAGAAAAAGCAAGACUAAUAAUGAACAAUCCUGUUAAUCCGCUGUCCCGAGGGCUGGGGAUGUGCCCCGGCUCGGGAAGUUGUAGGCUGUAGAAGUUCUGCCUCUCCCUCAUGUACUGUGCUGUUUAGGGCUUGUUUUCCCCAACCUUUUUUUUUUAAAAAAAAUAUUUUUUUCGGUGCUUUAUUGCUGUUAUUGUUAUUAUCUUAAUUUUUCUUCUUCGUGAUGUGCUGUUAGAAACCACUCCGGGACUACUCCAGCAGUAGGAAGACCGAGGAGUGGAGUGGAUGAAUUUACCGAUGAGAGAUCCAGUAAUCCCUGGGACAAGCAUGGCUUAUCAUCCCUUUUUACCGCACCGGGCACCGGACUUUGCCAUGAGCGCAGUGUUGGGACAUCAGCCUCCCUUCUUCCCGGCUCUGGCUUUGCCUCCCAACGGGGCGGCCGCCCUCUCCCUUCCCGGGGCUCUGGCUAAACCCAUCAUGGAUCAGUUAGUGGGGGCUGCAGAGACUGGCAUUCCCUUUUCUUCCCUGGGUCACCAGGCAGCAGCCCAUCUGAGGCCUUUAAAAACUCUGGAGCCAGAAGAAGAGGUAGAAGACGAUCCGAAAGUGCAUCUGGAAGCUAAAGAGCUUUGGGAGCAAUUCCAUAAAAGAGGCACAGAGAUGGUGAUUACCAAAUCGGGAAGGAGAAUGUUUCCUCCAUUUAAAGUGAGAUGCACUGGACUGGAUAAAAAGGCCAAGUACAUUUUAUUGAUGGAUAUUGUGGCGGCUGAUGAUUGUAGGUACAAAUUCCAUAAUUCCCGGUGGAUGGUAGCCGGCAAGGCUGACCCUGAAAUGCCAAAGAGAAUGUACAUCCACCCGGACAGCCCGGCCACCGGCGAACAAUGGAUGUCCAAAGUCGUCACCUUCCACAAGCUGAAGCUCACUAAUAACAUCUCUGACAAGCACGGAUUUACCAUUUUAAACUCCAUGCACAAGUACCAGCCCCGGUUCCACAUCGUCCGAGCCAACGAUAUCCUCAAGCUUCCUUACAGCACGUUCAGGACCUACGUUUUCCCGGAGACUGAAUUCAUCGCAGUGACCGCAUACCAGAAUGAUAAGAUCACGCAAUUAAAAAUAGACAACAACCCAUUUGCUAAAGGUUUUCGGGACACCGGGAAUGGAAGAAGGGAAAAGAGGAAGCAGCUGACCCUGCAGUCCAUGCGGGUGUACGACGAGAGGCAGAAGAAGGAGAAUCCCACCUCGGACGAGUCGUCCAAUGAGCAGACGGCCUUCAAGUGCUUUGCCCAGUCCUCCUGUCCUGCCGUGCCUGCCGUGGGCACCUCCAGCCUCAAAGAUCUCUGCCCCAGCGAGGGAGACAGCGAUGCAGACAGCAAAGACGAUCCCUUGCUAGAAGGAAACGAGUCGGGCAAAAUCAGCACGACCACCGCCGCCACCCCAGCUCCGGCCAGCUCUGCUGCCACCGCGGGGGACGACCCCCGGGACAAGGGAGGCAGCCCCUCCAAAAGCCAAUUCUUCCCCGGGGACUCGGCAGGGAGUCGGAGCCGAGAGAGGACUGAGAAAGCCCCUCCGGACUCCCGGCACAGCCCGGCUACCAUCUCUUCCAGCACCCGGGGGGGAAGCCUGAGCGGCGAGGAACUGAAAAGCCCCGUCAGGGAUGGCCCCAAAGUAGAUGAGAACCGACUGCUGGGGAAAGAGCCCUUCACCCCCCUGACGGUGCAAACCGACAGCACGGCCCACCUGAGCCAGGGACACUUGCAGAACCUCGGCUUUCCCCCUGCCCUGGCCGGCCAGCAGUUCUUCAACCCGCUGGGGAACGGGCACCCGCUGCUGCUGCACCCCGGGCAGUUCGCCAUGGGGGGAGCCUUCUCCGGCAUGGCCGCGGGCAUGGGGCCCCUCCUCGCCACCGUCUCCGGGGCGUCCGCCGGGGUCUCGGGACUGGACAACACGGUCAUGGCCACGGCGGCGGCCCAGGGACUCUCGGGAGCAUCGGCGGCUGCUUUGCCUUUCCAUCUGCAGCAGCACGUCCUGGCUUCACAGGGCCUGGCCAUGUCUCCCUUCGGCAGCCUUUUCCCCUACCCCUACACCUACAUGGCGGCGGCGGCCGCCGCCUCCAGCGCCGCCUCCAGCUCGGUGCACCGGCACCCGUUCCUGAGCGCCGUGCGGCCGCGGCUCCGCUACAGCCCCUACCCGCUGCCCGUGCCCCUGUCGGACGGCAGCAGCCUCCUCACCACCGCCCUGCCCGGCCUGGCCGCCGGCUCCGGCGAGGGCAAGGCGGGCGGGCUGAGCGCCAGCCCCGGCUCCGUGCCCCUGGACUCCGCCUCGGACCUCACCAGCCGCUCCUCCACGCUCUCGUCCGGCUCCGUGUCCCUGUCCCCCAAGCUGGGCGCGGACAAGGAGGCGGCCACCAGCGAACUGCAAAACAUCCAGCGCCUGGUCAGUGGGCUCGAGCCCAAGCAGGACAGAUCCCGCAGCGGCUCCCCGUAACCCCCCGGCCUCCGGGAGCUCAUUUCAAAUCAGUCUCGCAGUGCACUUUGUUUGAAAGAAACCACAUCCUCCACCCCGCGAGUGUUUGUUUUUUACCCCCUUCUUUAUUUUGUUUUUUUUUUUUUUUUUUCCCUCUUUCUAUUUUUUUUUUUUUUAACAUAUAAAAUCCCGCGGCGUUGUGUGCGUGCUUAGCAACAAAAAGGUAUCUGGUGGAGCAGGGAAAAAGGGUCGGGGAUGGGGGAGCGCUGGGUCGGAGGCUCCUCACAGAGAUCGAGGCACCAGUGGGGUUUGUGGCAUCCUCCUUUUAUUUUCUUUUUUACCAGUGUAAAAAAAAAAAAAAAUAAAACCCCAAACCAAAACACACCGGAAAAAAAAAAAAAAAAAAAAAGAAAAAAAAAAAAGAAAAAAAAGACCUAAAAGAAAAAAAAUAAAACAAAAGAAAUCAAACAAACUUACGAAUAAAAAUUAAGUAAGAGAAGUGAUUUUUUUUCUCUCCGAAAGAAAAGCGUGUAAGUAACUCGCGUAUUGGUUCUUCAACAGUUGUUUCCUGGGCGGGUUGUUAACCACAACCCCCUUAGUCGAUAUUAAGGGAAGCUGUGUGUUUAAAAUAUUAUUGUGAUGUCCGAGAGCCAGUUGGUGGCUUUUUUUUUGCAUGUUCCAGAGUAGUCUGCUUUUUUUUUUUUUUUUUUUUUUUUUUGAGGGGGGGUGGUGGUAUUUUUUAUUUCAGUGGGGUUUUGUUGUUUAUUUUUAAUGCUCGUUUCAAAUCCCAGGGAAAAAAUUAUUAUUAAUAAUAAUAAAAACAAAAAUAAGACCUUUGUCCCUCUACCUUAAACAUCCUCCCUUGUAGCAACAAAAAUAAGACGUGUAGUUGGAAAGAAAAAAAAAGUGAAUUUAUUUUAUCUAAAAACCUCUGUAGCUCGACUGUAGAUUUAUCACAGCUUUCCCUCUUUAAUUGUAUAUGCAAUAACAAGGUUUAACAUACUGAGAAGAAGAAAAGAGUGGACACUAUUAUUAAAACAAAGUAUUUAUGUAAUUAUUUGAUAACUCUUGUAAAUACGUGGAAUAUGAAUACUCAAAAUUAAACUUUAAUUUAUUGACAUUGUACAUAUCUCUGUAAAUACGACUGCAGCGGUCUUCUUUUUUCUUCCUUCUGUUUUUAUUUUUAGUCGUUUUCAUUUCAAGUCGGUAAUUCCUUUAAACAUAGAUCCCGACCCAGAGGAGAAAUUCCCCCAUUUGUGAGGGCUCAGUUUUUACAUCAGAGCUCAGCCCAGGAAAACCUCGUCCUUUGGUCAAGGAGCCGAAUGCAAAAGGCAAAGCAGAAAGAAACCGAAUUAUUCAAAGACCUUAAAAAGUUCAAAGAGAGAAAAAGACAAGGCAGUGUGCCAUGGUAGCUUUUAAUCCUCGAUUUCUUCAGUGUUCAAAAUGUCAACAACCACAAAAUUAUAUAUGUUUAUACACGACAACAGGCUUCUCCAGUGGCUUGAGAGAGAGAAAAAAAAAAAAAAAAAAAAAGAGGUGAAGAUUCUAGGAUUUUCUGUACUUUCUAUUAUUUUUGCCCGUUUCCUCAGUGCGUCAGAAAACAACCCCGCAAUGGAGUUUCACUACUGUGCUUAUUGUUGUCUUUGUUUGAGUGAGUGCAUAUUUUCUUGGGUUGAAAGUCAGGUGCUCAGAGCUGGUUCAAAGAAAAAAAAAAUGAAGGUAUAUUUUGUGUUAUAUAAAUGUUCAGAAGUUCUUGCUAUUUUUUUUUCUGUAAUUUUCCCCCCCUUUUAAAAGUCACUGAAGUUUCAAUAAAUUUUUAUUGAAAUGUC